AUGAAGCGCAUGCAUAGAAUGCAAACGAGAAAGUCCCAUUCAUGGUGGUGGGACAGCCAUAUUAGCCCAAAGAACUCCAAAUGGCUAGCUGAGAAUUUGGAAGAGAUGGAUAAGCAAGUUAAAGAGAUGCUGAAGCUCAUAGAGGAUGAAGGUGAUUCUUUUGCAAAGAAGGCUGAGAUGUAUUUCCAAAGAAGGCCUCUGCUUGUAAAUCAUGUUGAGAACUUCUAUCGCAUGUACCGUGCUCUUGCUGAGCGUUAUGACAACGUGACUGGGGAAUUGCGCAAGGGUCUUGCACUGCAGUCUCAAGGCUCUGGUAUAUCCGAAACUGAUUCCGAGACACAAUCAAUUUCACCAUCUCCAGAGCCUAACAUGGAACAGAACACAGCAAAACCGAAGCGCAAAACAAGAGCAGUUGGCUUUGAUGUGUUCCUUGGUUCUGGUGGAAGCUCAGACAUUUCCAAGAAGGGGAGUGAUGGAUCAUCAUCAUCAUCUUCUUCAGAUUCUGAUUCAGAGGUUGAUGAGGCAAGUGAAGAAAAUGGCAAUGGGAUUUCUUAUAUAAUGGAUGGACGGAUUACUGAGCUAGAAGAUGAGCUUCAGGAAGCAAGGCAACAAAUUGAGGCACUUGAGGUAAAGAACAUGCACUGCCAAUGUGAAAAACUUGAAGAGAGUCUCAAACAAGUUAGCAAUGAAAAGGAAGACUUUGUAGCUGCAAUUCUGGCAAGCAAGAAUGAGAUCGAGGAUCUAAAACGAGACAUGGCCUCGACUGCAAAACAUUUUGAAGCCCAAUUAGUGUACCGUGGCCAUGAGAUUGAGAAGUGCAAGCAGGAGGUUGAGCAAGUUUCUGAAAAGUAUUUCCAUGAGAAAUCCGCUCUUGAAUCUGAAAUUGAAAGGCUCCAGGAAGUUGUUAAGAUUUUUGAACGGAACCUAACAGAAGUUACAGGAGAGAAAUUGCAGCUUGAGGCCCAGAUAAAGGAGCUUGAACAAGUUUCUAAUAACUUAGAUGAUUCUUCUGCAGAGAUUAUAAAGCUACAAGAAAUAAUCAAGGAUCUGCAAGCAAGAUUGGAAAAUGAUUCAAAUGAUAAGGGUGUACUUGAGGAACGUGCUAUGGAGUUGGAGCAAGUUCGUAGGCAGUUGGAGGAUUCAAGGGCUGAGGCUAGGGAGCUAGAAGCUACAAUUAAGAACCUGAAAGACGACCUAGAAAAAGCUCUUCAAGAGAAAGCAGAACUUCAGAAUCGUAUGAAGGAUGUGGAACAGGCAACCAGUGACCUAAAUUCCUUGGUUGCUUCCCUUGAGGGCAAGUUGACAGCCACAGAGGCACAGCUUGAACAACUUCACGUGGAGAAAGCAGAAGCAUCCCUUGAGAGUGAGAAACAUUUAUCUGAACUGAUUCAAGCUAUCGCCCAUCUUAAGACGGAGAUCGAGCAGCUGUCUUCAGAGAAGGCUGCAGUCGAAAACAAGGUGUCCGUUCUGCUGAUUGAUGUCACUACUCGUGAUGAAAAGCUGAAGGAAAUGGACAACCACUUGCAUCAGAUGCACCUGGAGCGUGUCAAGCUGAUCGAAGAGGCAGAUAUUGCACGGAAAGACGCGUCAGGCCUGUGUUCACGCGUGUGUGAGCUCGAGGACGAGGUUGAGAAGCAGAAGCUUAUUAUAUCGGACAGCGCAGAGGGGAAGCGUGAGGCGAUCAGGCAGCUGUGCUUCUCGCUUGAUCACUACCGCCAUGGGUACCAGCAGCUUCGGCAGCUCCUGCAGGACCACAAGAGGCCCGUGGUGAUGGCAACAUGA